UCCAUGGGGGAAGGUGUAAAAGAGCCCUGAUCCGGUAAUCUUGCGUUGACAUUUUAGCACGAAAUAUCGGAAAGUACGUACUAUUUCGUAGAACUGGCAUCACGAAAUUGCAUUUUUAUUACAGAUAUUUAGUUGAACUGACUCAACAUCUGAAUAAAUCGAGAAAAAUUUGCUAUGUUCUUACAAGAAACUCUAUUUUCCAACAUAAAACUAGUUAAUUCUGUUUUUAUUUGAAAAAACUGCAAUAAAAGAUGAAUGUGUAAGCGCGCAUGACAACUUAGUCUAAUAGGGGAGUUUUUAAUAAGAAACACCAAGUAAAACUGUCAGUAAAGUAUACGAGGAAGGCGAAUGUCAGAAAUUCAGGAGGCGGGUGCGCGUUUCGGACACUCAAGGUAUUCAGGUACAUUUUAAGUGAACAUAGUGUGAGUGUCGUGUAGAAUAAUCAACUGGCUGGGUAGGUAUAUCGAACGAAAUUCUCUUCCGGUCGCUGAGAACUUGCAUUGUGGGAUUUGGUGAAAUUUUACUAAUAUGUACUGGGGCGCGAAGAAACUUUCAUACAUCCCGUAAGUCUAUUUCUGAACGGCACAAUUGUAAAAAAAAAAAAACAAUAAGUCUUCUAGAGGCGGAACAGUACAAACAAGGAGCAAAACAGUACAAAAAAGAGCAAAACAUGGACGUGAACAUUGAGAGGGAGUGCAGUGCCCUGGGUAGACUCUUUCAGCAGAUCAUCACCGACAUGAAGAAUGGUGCACCACUAUGGGAAGAUCUAAUUUUAAAAGCAACAAAACUUCAUUCAUGUUUAAGGUCUGCGAUUCUAGCAAUUUCUGCUUAUCUGGAAGCUUUUCAGAAGAUUGCGGACUCCGCCACUAAUGCCAAAGGUGCCACAAAAGAAAUUGGGACAGCAUUAACUAGAAUAUGUUUGAGGCAUAAAGCAGUAGAAACACGUAUGAAAUCAUUUACAAGUGCUAUCAUGGACUGCUUGGUCUUGCCGCUUCAAGAAAAAUUGGAAGAUUGGAAGAAGUCUCUUAUUAAUUUAGACAAAGAGCACACCAAAGAAUAUAAAAAGGCAAGAGCCGAAUUAAAGAAAAAAUCGACUGAUACACUAAGACUGCAGAAAAAGAAAGCUCGUAAAACUUAUAUACAAGGCGCUAUGCAAAGUUACAGUCACAAAAAUUGUGUUGUGGAUGCAGAAUUUAAUAAACUGCUUGCAUCUUCUGCAGCAGUUGUACAAGAAAAACGCCUAAGUCUAGAAGAGACUGAAAGAAAAGCAGUGCGAGCAGCUCUACUAGAAGAACGUGGAAGAUUCUGUCUGCUUGCUAGAUUCUUAAAGCCUGUUUUGGACGAAGAAAUUUCGAUGCUUAUGGAGUUAACACACCUCCAGGAAGUUUCUGAUCAGUUACAAAGGCAUGCAGCUUCACCACACCACUUACCAGCGGCAUCUGAGCAGGUCAUAACAGAUAUUAAGGGUUGUGAUCUUGUAGAAUGGUCUCUAGCGACACCACCUUCUAGUCCGUCCCUAUCAAUUGGUUCUCGAAAGAGUUCACUGUGCUCUAUUAGUUCGUUAACAAGCAGUAGCAGUGGCUCUUGUAAAAGUCAUCCAAGUCCAUCGAGUCAUCCGUGGCAUAGGUCUCUGUCAAAGCAUGUUGGAGUCCGACCAUGCAGCAUUGGCGGCAUAGUGAUGCUACGUUAUUUAACAAAUGGGAAUUCUCAUGACUCUGGGUUCACUUCUCAAGGCACUUUGUUUAUCCAUCCUAUUUCAGAGGGCAAGGUUUCGAAUGUUGCCAGCCAAAUUAAUCAAAACAGUGGACGUACGGCAAUAAGGCCAAUUGUCACUUCUACUUGGCCGGAUCUUAAAGAAUCUUCCAACCAUUUCGAUGAACAGAAUCAAAAUACAAUGAAUGAACGACCUCAUACUAUUUCAUCUGCGUAUGAGAAGGGACAUCAGAGACCAGCUCUUAGCGUCUACACCUUUCAAGCUCCAGACCGAGAGGCUAGCAGCUGCUGUCAUAGUCAGCCAGCUUCUCCAGUUUCUUCCUCAUCAUGCACUUUCUCCAAUCAGCAAUCUGCAAAGUUGCAACUUCGCAAAAAUAGUGGUGGUAAUAGGCCGCCUAUACCGAGCAGGUGCUCCAGCUUAGAACGGUCAAACAAUCCAAUGAAAAAAAAUUCUCCGGGUAGUCCCAAAGCUAAAGCCAAAUUGCCUUUGCCGUCUCAUCUUGCAAAAGGAACCGCAGAGCACAGCGUACACGCUUUCGAAGAUGCGGAAAACCUUCCACCACCCCCAGCAUUUUUAUUGGAAAGUUCUUCCCCUAAUGCAAGUCCAACGCCACAAAGGUCUAUCUCCGUUUCGGAAACUGUGCGAACUUUAACAGAGCUGCGCCACACACCUGCGAGUCCAUCUCUCUUGCGAAAGGUGACUGGUCAGUCACAUAAUGUUCCUUCUGCAACAGUUCCACAUAAUACUGUGAAACAAUUUGCCCGCUCUACUAUCGAUUGUUUAAGCAACACAUCAAGUGGCAGUCAGGAUUUUUCCAACUCAACAUUGAGCACAACUGCGACAAAUAAUAAAAACCCAGGUCCUGGGGGAUUGGGUCAAAGCUUUAUGUCCGUACUCAGUGCGAAAAUCAUUAGCACUACAACACUAGCUAGCAAUGUCUGUUCUACCACCAGUAGCUUCAGUCCAAAGUCUUCCCAAAAUCAUUCCGCUGAACAUUUAGCAAGUAAGCUUGCAAACGCAAAUUCUGGUUUUCUGGAAACUUUGAAUGCAAAAUUAGCACAAAAGCAACAACAAGCAAUGAACAGUGUCAGUAGGUCUGCCGAUGUCAGAGGAAUAAUGAGUAAUCGGAUGCCGAUAAUGGAUCCACUGCAGGUCAGAGAUUCAUUGAUGGAUCAAAUUCGGAGGGGAACUUCUUUGCGUAAAACCAGCGGACCUAUAAGCGAUCGCUCGGCUCCACAUAUAUAUUAACAGCUUUGGUAUUGCUAGUUUAUCUCAUUGAGUGCAUAAAAGUUCCUUAAUUUUUGUCGUCCGUGUAUUAAGGCUUACGUGCGUUUAACGGGCAUUCCAUUUUUAAAAUUGGAUUUAGGCAGAGUGAUCAAGAAAAGAAUGAAAUGUAAACAAUGACAAUACUUACAAAGCUACGUGUUUCUUGUCAUUUUUACAACAAAAAUCGUUCACUGUUAACUAAAAAGUCAUAUUUAUGGUUAAGAAUGCAUGAUUUGUUCUACCUUGAUUUUUAUCAACGUACAAGUGCGAAUAAAACUUUUAAUAUUAAUUGCAUUUGAGAACAACGUCGUACUAAUAUAAGUAAUUUUAGAAUGUUAAGAAAUAUAUGCAUUCAGAAUCUAACUACAGAAAUAAAAUUACGUUGAAUUAUACGACCUUACGACACCCUUAAGAGGCUUCAUAUAAGAAAAUUCGAAUCUCUUUAUGUUUGUUGGAAGACAUAGGCUGAUGAGACGACCUGUAUGCGAAUAUUUUUAUGAUCAUAAUAGUUAUAUAUUUGUACUUAAUAUUAUUUAAUUUAUUUAGAGGGUUUAAGCUUUUAUUUUCACAUUUUAUACUGUUUUCUUCAUUUUACCAGUUUAUUUACUUCUAGUCUUAAUAUAUACAUAUAAAAAUAUAAGUGUGUAGAUACAUUACGUUCAAGUGCAGCAGUGUACGGUAAUUGCAGUUCACCACGCAUCCUACAUCUCACCCAUGGAAAUAGUUCAAAUACGUUUAAUCAAUAUAUUUCCCUCAUAGAAUCUAGAAAACUCGAUAUCUUUCAACGUUGUUAUGAGAGUUGAAAUAUUAAUUUGUCUAAAAUUAAUUUUUUAUAAAUAUUGCUUCAGAAUGUCUGUUAUUUUCGGUAAAGUAUCAAACACAUUCACGAUACUGCACGUAAAACUGCUUGUGUUCAGAUUACACAUUUAAUUAUUAAAUUAAUGAUAUUUAUCAAAUGCGUCAUAACUACAUAUGUACUCAUUAUGGUUUGUAGAAAAAAAACUUAAGUUGAAUGUUCUUUCGGAACGAAUUGCUUGAGUACAACAUUGUAGAUCUUCUCUUUUCUCUUACUUGUAGUUUUCAAGGAGCGAAAACCACACAGCUGUAACUUAUUUCCCUUGAGCCUCGCUCCUGGAAGUUAUAACGUUCACUGGGUUCAUUACUUACAGUAAAGUUAUAGAAUUUGGAAGGCUU